UUGGAAUUCUGCAAAUAAAAUUCAUUCCUGUAAUAAUAUCAAUUAUAAUUGCCAUUUGGUUGCGAAAUUGCAGCUUCUUUCUUCUCUUACGCAAGCCAGUUCUUCGUAAAUGCGUAAUUUUAGAACGGUAAUUGUCAACGUUUGUACUAAUGAUCUAACUCCUGUCUCUUUUGCUCACUUUUUACGCUGCUCGAUUCUGUAGCAGAGGAUGACACCGAAGAUCAAACGGAGCAAAAGUUUUCCCAACGAGAGUGAGACGACAGAUCACGCAGCUGAGCUUGAAGACUUGCUUUCUUCGAGAUCAGGACUGACCGAAACCUCGACGAACAAACCGGAGAUCGACGAGGACGAGGAGGAGGAUCACUGGAAAGACGCUUCUCCGAUGACGCCGAUUUGCAGUCCAGUACGACGAUCUGCCAAACUCCAUCGCGACAAAAGAUCUCCGACCAGAUAUAUCGAUGUCGAUAACGACGUCGAGAUCAUUCACGAAUUCUAUCCUACCACGUCCAAAACAAUGCGCGAGGAGACGAGUAUCGUGUCGUAUGGCGGCACGAUAAUCGUGGAAACGACGAGGAUUCCCAGGCACACUAAGGAUGUGCCGACGAGGAUGGAAAAGGUGGCUCCAAAGGUGAAAUUAAAGAAGCAAUCAUCCUUGGAGCUGGAUCGCGUACCUCCCGUUCAGGAAGAGCCGUCUUCCAGUGCGGAGGAUACAUCCAGGGUCACCAUGACAAUGAGAUCGGUGCGAGAAACGGAUCAAGAACGUAGGAAAAGCCUGAAGCGUCAUAGCAGCGUAGAAUCCGAAGGACGAACGUCCACGUCGAGGGAGACAUUGGAGAAGUCGGAUACAUCGUCGGAAAAAGGUGCUAAGAAGAAGGUCUUCAUGGAGAAGGGAGAUGGUAAGAAGCGAUCGAGAAAGUCGGGAAAAAAAUCCAUCAAGACUGAACGGAAGAUGGAGGAAGAUUCGUCGAGACGGAAACACGAAGGCGAAGAUUUUGCGAAGAAAGACGAAGAGACUUAUCGACGAUCGAGAGAGGAGAGCGUCGGCCUCGAAACUGCAGAGCUCUCCGUUCCCGAAGUCAUAGAUGAGCAACGAGUCAAACGUCCAUCAGCUAUUAGCAAAGAGGAGGAAACCGUGAGCCUCUCAACGACAAUCGAAACGUCCAUCGUAUCUACAAAGAGGAAAGAGAGCCUGAAAAGUGUAUCUGAGGUGGUGGAAGAAACGAAAGAUUCUCUGAGAGACUCAAAACUCGCAAAGGACGUCAAGAGACUCUCGGAGGAUAAGAAACAACGGCCAACUCUCGAACGAGUAGCCGUUUCAGAGAUUCGGCAACCCGAACCGGCGGCUCAGCAAUCCACGAAACGACCGAGCUCGUUGAGAAAAAGGAGAAACUCCUUCUCCAGAGAGUCCUCAAGAGAAUCAUUGUUGGAAGAGAAAAAGGGUGUCAGAAUUCAAGAGGACGUACAGGAGAUCUUCUUUGAUGAUACGAGCGACCAGACAGCACUGUCUUGUUAUUAA